AUGACUGAUCGCGUGCAGCUUCGAGGUUUUCGGACAUCUACAAAUAAUAGUGCUCUUGACUCAAACAUUAAUAUCCAACACGAUGGCAGUUCCAUAUUUGAGGGGCGUUUUAGAGCAACUCGCGUAACACUUCAAAUCUUUUUGAUUUGUUCAUUACAGUGGAAUGGAAUGAUAAAACGUUUCCGCAGUGCAAUGCCAGUAAGUCGUCAUCGCCGUCAGUUACGUUUUUUUGAUGAUUGUUUUGCGGGUCGUGAGGCAGUAGACUUUUUAAUGAAUGAACUACCAAAAUUUGUCCAUGAUGGUCGAGAAGUGACCAGAGUCAACUGUUCUAAACUAUUGAGUUUAUACUUGCAUAUGGGAUUAUUCUGUUCUGUGCGAGGGAAGACUGGUAAUAAUGGAAUAUUUAAAGAGAACGAACUGUAUCGAUUUUCGAGUGUCUCCAUAGAUUUGCUUGCCGCAACACCAAUUUUGAUCCGCCGUGCUGCUUCGUUCAAUGAAAGAUAUAACCUGAAACAAGCGGAGUCAAAGAAUAAAGCCUUUGGUCUUACAGCUCCACAACGUAUUCAUCUUCCUGUUUGGGCCAGUCAAGACAAUGACUUGGUAGUAUCUGCACGGAUAGCUUUUCCUCCAUUGCAACCUACUGCAUCACUUUCUCGUCGUUUGUCAGCAUCUCAUGGAAAUUUACCUUUCAUGUUAAGUUCUAGGAAAGUAAUUGCUGAUCCUUGUGGAGAACUAUUUUUUAAAAAUGAGAAGAGAACUUAUUCGGGAGAACUCAAAGAAAUACAUGAAAGAACACAAGAAACUGUGAAAGUGAAAGUAGAAACGGCAAAACAGCUGAAUGCAUUAGAUGAAGUGAUUGCGCAGUUGACUAAAAUAAAUAUUGCUGAUGUUGCUGAUCCAUCAAGCACGCAAAAUCUUCGUCAUUUUGGUAAAGUUAUUCAGAGUCAAAGUCCGAAUAGCUGUUCGACAUCAACAUCUCCAGGAGCAGUUGUUAAUGAAACGCAUAGUGGUGCGCAUCCAUUUAUGGACUGCAGAGAAAUUUACAAGAAUGUGUUGCUCUGUCGAUUGAAGUCAUUGCUACAAGUAGAAUCACUGGAGACAAUUCUUGAUUACGAUUUUAGUGGUGCAGAUGUUCAGUGGAAUUGUGAAAAAGUUGGGUCAAAAGGAAUAGUGCGUGUCCCACCUGAACAGGAUUAUUUGACAAAUUAUGUCAUAACAAUGAUGCGUUAUCUUUCGCGGUGGCCAUUCGACAUCCCAUUUACAGAAUCCACUCAUGUACCUUAUAAAGGAUUUGAAUUAAAUGUUUUCAAAAGCAUAUGUGAACAGUUCGAUCACAAUUGUCAGAUGCUUCCUGAUUCGGUUGCCUUGACUGUGUUGCAUAUUAUUCGGUUGUUUCGUCAGAGAUGUCUCAAGGACCCAAAUUCGUUUGAAAUGCGUAAGGAGACAGUUUUCUGUGCGGGCAUUUCACCAGUCACGCGAUAUGUGCAAAGAACAGUCAAUGCACAGAGUCGCAAUUUAGAAGUAAAAGAGGAUAUUAUGAAUUUGCAUGCAACAGUAUCACCUGAUAAUAGAUUACUUGGUGACAAACAAAUUAUGUCAACAACGAGUGCUACUCGUUCUUCCGUUUCUACAUCUUCAGCUGAGAAUGACAGUUUUAGUGGAAGAAUGGCAUAUGAAGCAAUUUUAUCCAAGCUUCCAGGUCUGCAACGAAGUCCUGAACUUAUGCAGCGUAUAGAGGAGUUAGCUAAGACGAAUACACUUUUACCUUGUUCAAGCACGCCAUCAGUAGAAUCGUGUGCAUUACUUGGUGGAAUUGAUAGUGAAAAUGAGAAAUUGCUAAAAGAGGCAGUGUCACUGGUAAUGUUAACUUUGGAGCCGAAAAUUCGUCGUCAGUUGCAUUAUUUAUUACGAUUUAUGCAACGUGUUAGCCGAAAUUAUUGUUUGCGAAUGGAUAAACAUCGAGACAAUCGUACAAUUGUAAGUCAUCAGUAUUUUGGACAUAGACAAAAAUUCGCAGUAAGCCAUCGUAUAAUUUAUAUUAUACGCUAA